AUGGCCACCAGUUACGACGCAGCUACGCAAUGCUGGCACGGCCAGUACCGUCCACCAAUUCUGAAUCCAGCCGCCAACCUAGGACCAGUCCUGCUGAACGUCCUUGAACGAACGCCACACAAACCUGCCCAAUUAAACGCGGACAACGGAACCAUCCUGACGUGCAUCGAACUCCGGCGUCGGUCGGUGCGAUUCGCACAAUUCCUCAACACCGCUGGCUUCCGGCAGGAUGAGGUGGUGGCAUUGAUAGCCCGGAACUCGGACAACGUCGCUCCGGUUGCGUUUGGAUGUUUCCUAGCCGGUGUGCCGCUUAACACGCUAGAUCCGGCGUUCAGCGUGGCGGAAGUUGCUCACGUGUUGCGAUUGACCCGCCCUAAGUUCGUCGUGGGUGAUCUGGACGCCAUCGCCGUUGUUCGGGAGGCAGCUGGCUUGGUUGAGCUCAGCUUUGACCGUCCGUUUGGUGUGUUAUUGAGUGGUGACGAUCCAUUACCGGACGAUUGUUUCCACGUCGGAGAGCUGCUGGAGUGUACCGGCGCGCAGGAUGAUCCGGCGAGGCUGAAAGAGGACGCCUUUGUUCCACUGUACCAUGGGGAUUCGGCCAAACUCACGGGCACCAUCGUGUGCUCGUCCGGAACAACCGGUCUGCCCAAGGCAGUACGCCUUUCACAUGCGCAAUUAAUCGCCGGGUACCAGCGCAUUAGCCAGCUCGAUCGAGAUGAAACGAUCUUGUGUUUCAGCACGCUUUACUGGAUCUCUGGCGUGCAGAUGCUGCUGACGGGAGUGUUGAAUGGCAUCCGGCGUGUGAUUACGGCCAAACGGGGUACUCCCGAGCGGACGAUUGAUCUGUGCAACCGGUACGGGGUUACACUGUUGCUGGUGACUCCGGCUCUAGCGAGUGACAUUGUUCGAGCGUUGGCUCCGACCGGCCAGUUACCAUCGGUGCGGUUGUUUGCGAUCGGCGGAAGUGCUGUACCGGUGGGCUUACGCACCGUCAUCAAUCAACGGGUCCUGGUGUCUGGCAAGGGCCGCUGUUUCGUAGGUUAUGGCACCAGCGAGACCGGAUCCAUCUCAUACGAGCUGAUUCCACGUGGCGAUUCCGUCGGAUUCCUGCUACCGGGAGUAACGGCCAAGAUUGUAGACGAGACAGGACAGUCCUUGGGACCAGGUGAAUCAGGAGAGCUGCUUGUACGGCCGGUGUAUCCGUUUCUCGGUUACCACAGCGAUUCGUUGGCCACACACGCCGUCUUAGACGAAGAUGGCUUUGUUCGCACCGGUGACAUCGCGUACUUCGACGAUGCUGGCUUUCUGUACCUGGUUGAUCGUAAACGGGAAAUUCUCAAGUACGACAACUAUCAAAUUGCGCCGGCUGAGCUGGAGAGUAGGAUCGGCGAACUGACCGGCGUGCGGCAGGUUGUCGUCAUCGGUUUGACCAAUUCCGAUCGCCCCUACAAUGAUCGUGCUACGGCGCUGAUUGUCCGCAUGGAUAACGACGAUGGACGGCCGGAUCUGCUCACCGAACAGCGCGUGGUUGAGCAUUGCGCCCGGACACCAGACGGACAAAUUCGGCCGGUACACAAACACCUGCAUGGAGGCGUUAUCUUUGUCGAACAACUGCCCAUGACCGUCAGCGGAAAGGUAAUGCGUGGUGCCGCGAAACAACUAGCGACCGAACAAGUUAGCCUUAGGAACAGUAAAACGACUAGGACGGACAUGGUUUGA